AUGGCCCGGGCGGCGGGGCGAGCAGGUGAGGGCGGCGGGCGAGCCGGGGGGGGGAGUGAAGCGGAGCGGGGAGGGGAGCGCCGGCCAGUCCCCCCGACGCCCCCCGACGCCGCCGGUCUCUCCGCAGGUGCGGCCGCGGCGCUGGCGCUGCUGUGGCUGCUGGUGUGCGCCCCGGGGGAAGCCGGCUGCCGCCUCCUCACCGUGGCCGAUCUCUUCGACCGGGUGAUCCGGCACUCGGGCAGGAUCCACAGCCUCUCCACGGCGCUCUACGCCGAGCUGGAAAAACAUUUCCCCCCCCGUGACAACGAGCUGGGGAAGCCCGCUCGGAAGUGCCACACGUCGGGGAUGCUGACCCCCAACGGCAAAGAAUACGCCCAAAAAAUCCCGAGAGAAGAAUUAACUCACUUGAUACUGAAACUUUUGCAAGCCUGGAAAGAGCCACUGUCUCACUUUAACCAGCACCAUCAAGAGCUCCCUGAUGACAGCCUUAGCAAAGCUAAGCAAAUCAGCAAUAUGGUACACGAGCUCUCAACUGGAGUUGAGAAAGUAACAGAAAAGAUGCAGUCAAUGGGGAUGAUCAGCAAUUCAUUAAAUGGAAUGGCAUCAUCUGAAGCCACUGGCUUAUCAAUUGGUAAUGAAGCAGACAUGAUGAGUGACUCUGACUUUAUUCACUGUUUCAGAAGAGACUCCAAUAAAGUACAAAGCUACUUAAAAAUUCUGAAAUGUAGGAUUAUGCCAGAAAAUAGUUGUUGA